AUGUCAGGUUAUGACACGGAAGGGCCUCUGUUGAAUGUUAGGUUAGAGAUGGUGGGCCAUUUCGCGAAAAGCGCCAAUGGGCUUGGGUGGAUGGGCCUGGAUGAUGAGCCCGAAGAUGAUGAGCUCAGUCUGGUGGAUCAACAGGCGCAGUGGGCCGAACCUUUGGUAGACAAAAGGGGGCACGAGCCGGAGACAGCCGACCAGGCUGAGCGGAUGGGGUCUGCUCCUGGUGAGCGGACCGUGGACGGUUGGGCCGAGGCAGAUCAGACCGAAUCCGACUGGGCCGAUACAGGGAGAACCGACGGUGGUCGAACCGAGACCGGGUGGGCCGGCACGGGUCGAACCAAGGCGACCCGAAUCGGACCUGGGUGGACCGGUAUGGGUCGGCCUGAGGUGGGUCGAACCGGACAUCGACCGAGCCCCUCCAAUCAACAGCCAAGAAGGGUGGACAGCAAGGGACCAGCAGGCUGGGAAGGUCUUGUAUGGGGCACCCCACGCUCCUGGAGGGUACCCGGGCCAACCAGGUGGCUACCCGGGUGA